AUGGAGCGACAGGGCCUCCCUCUUCUGUUCGAUGCUCACUGCCACCUCCAAGACGACCGUCUCCCAGGCAGUUUGGAUGAGGUGCUGCAGGAGGCAGCCGCCAACGGGGUGCAGCAGGUGGCCUGUAACGGAUGCUGGCAGGACGACUGGCAGGCGGUGGCGGCGGCGGCGGCGGCACACCCCGCCGUUGUGCCCAACUUUGGCCUGCACCCAUGGUGGGUGCCGAGGCGCAGUCCCGACUGGCUGGAGCAGCUGCGGAGGUUCCUAGAGACGCACCCGCAGGCCGGCCUGGGAGAGUGUGGGCUGGACAGAGGGCCGCGGGCGGAGGCCGACUGGCAGCUGCAGGUGGAGGCAUUUGAGCAGCAGCUGCAGCUGGCGCAGGAGCUGCAGCGCCCCGUGUCGAUCCAUUGCAUGCGGGCAUUUGGCGCGGUGCACGACGCCCUGAGGCGGCUGGGAACCAGCGUGCCGGUGGUGCUGCACUCCUGGACGGGCGCCGCCGAGAUGACGGCAGCCCUGCUGCAGCUGGGCAACGUCUACGUGUCGCUGUCGGGCCACCUGGCACGGGUGCCGCCGCACAAGUCGCUGCCCAUGGUGCGGGCAGUGCCGCUGGACCGCCUGCUGCUGGAGAGCGACAGCCCAGACGGUGUGCUGCAGCUGUCGCCAGCUUGGCUGGAGGCGCUGCCCUCGCUCCAGCACCUGCCACAGCAGCUCAGGGAGGCCGGCCUGCACCAGCUCAACCGCCCCUGCGUGCUGCGCUGGACGCUGCAGCUGGUGGCGGCGGCGCUGGGCAGGGCCGAGGAGGAGGUGGCGGCCGCGACGUGCGCCAAUGCACGCCGCAUCUUCUGCGGCCUGGGCAGCAGCGGCGGCGGCAGCAGCGCAGCAGCACAGCCAGGAUGA